AUGAAAGAGGUGGUUGUGGAUAUCGCUCCCAAGUGUAUCAAGGGGCUCGAGUUCGGGGCUUUGUCGGCGAAGGAGAUCAUCGCUCAGUCUGAAGUGGAAGUCAAGACUCGUGAUCUUUAUGAUUUGGAGAAGGGAAGAGCUGCCAAAGAUAAUGGUGCUUUGGAUACCAAGAUGGGUAUUUCGUCCAACCUGAGCGAGUGUGCCACCUGUCACGGCAACCUUGCCUCGUGCCAUGGUCACUUUGGUCACAUCAGAUUGGCACUCCCGGUUUUUCAUGUCGGCUACUUCAAAUCGAUCAUCCAUGUGUUGCAAUGUAUCUGUAAGAACUGUUCGGCUGUGUUGUUGGACGAGGAGUCCAAGCGCCAGUUCUUGAAUGAUUUGAGAAGACCCAACCUCGACAACUUGAGAAGAAUGAAAAUCUUGAAGAAGAUCCUUGAGCAGUGCAAGAAGCAGAGAAGAUGUUUGAAGUGUCAUCAUGUCAACGGUGUCGUCAAGAAGGCUGCCAGUGGCGCUGGUCCUGCUGCAUUGAAGAUUGUCCACGAUACCUUUAGAUGGAUCGGAAAGAAACCAACACCUGAAAAAGAACAGUGGGAUGGCGAGUUCGAGGAGGUAUUUUCCAGAAACCCAGAAUUGGAGAAGUUUGCCAAGAGAGUGCACGAUGAUUUGAAUCCUUUGAAAACAUUAAACUUGUUCAAGCAGAUCACUCCAUCCGAUUGUGAAUUAUUUGGUAUCGAUCCGUCCAGAGGUGGUCGUCCAGAGAUGUAUAUCUGGAGAUAUUUGCCUGCCCCACCAGUGUGUAUCAGACCAUCGGUCAUGAUGGAUGCCCAGUCUAAUGAAGAUGAUUUAACUGUGAAGUUAACUGAGAUUGUGUGGACCUCCACUUUGAUUAAAGCUGGUAUUGAGAAGGGAAUCUCAAUCAAUAAUUUGAUGGAACAGUGGGAUUACUUGCAAUUAUCUGUUGCCAUGUACAUUAACUCUGAUUCCGCCAAUCCUGCAUUACUACCAUCCUCAGGUGGCUCUGGUUCCAAGUCUUCUAAGCCAAUCAGAGGUUUCUGUCAAAGAUUGAAGGGUAAGCAAGGUAGAUUCAGAGGAAAUUUGUCCGGUAAGAGAGUUGACUUUUCUGGUAGAACUGUCAUUUCUCCAGAUCCUAACUUGAAAAUUGAUGAAGUUGCCGUUCCUGAUAGAGUGGCCAAAAUCUUGACAUACCCUGAAAAAUGUACCCGUUACAACCGUAAGAAGUUGCAAAGGUUGAUUCUUAAUGGUCCAGAUGUGCAUCCGGGUGCAAACUAUCUUGCAAAGCAAAACGAGUUGGCAAAGAGAAACUUGAGAUUCGGUGAUAGAGUCAAACUUGCUAAAAAUUUACAGAUUGGUGAUGUUUUGGAAAGACAUAUAGAAGAUGGAGAUGUCGUGUUGUUCAAUAGACAGCCUUCGUUGCAUAGAUUAUCCAUUUUGUCGCAUUAUGCUAAAAUUAGACCAUGGAGAACUUUCAGAUUGAACGAGUGUGUCUGUACUCCUUAUAAUGCCGAUUUCGAUGGUGAUGAAAUGAACUUGCAUGUUCCCCAGACUGAAGAAGCUAGAGCGGAAGCAAUUAACUUGAUGGGUGUGAAAAAUAACUUAUUGACCCCAAAGUCAGGAGAACCUAUUAUUGCUGCUACCCAGGAUUUUAUCACUGGUUCUUAUUUAAUUUCCCACAAGGAUUCAUUCUUUGACAGAGCAACUUUGAUCCAAUUGUUGUGUAUGAUGUCAGAUGCUGACUGUCAAUUCGACCUUCCACCUCCAGCCAUUUUCAAGCCAGUCAUGUUAUGGACUGGUAAGCAAGUCUUCUCAUUAUUAAUCAAACCCAACAAGAAGUCCAAGGUUGUCAUUAACUUGGAUGCAAAGAAUAAGACCUAUAUUGCACCUGCCAAGGGUUUGCCGAAUGAAAUGUCACCAAAUGAUGGAUUUGUUAUAAUUCGUGGAUCUAACAUCUUGAGUGGCUUGAUGGAUAAAUCUACUUUAGGUGAUGGUAAGAAGCAUUCUGUGUUUUACACCAUUUUGAGAGAUUACGGUCCUGACGAGGCAGCCAAUGCAAUGAAUAGAAUGGCCAAGUUAUGUGCCAGAUUUUUGGGUAAUAGGGGCUUUUCUAUCGGUAUUAAUGAUGUUACUCCUGGUAUCGAAUUGAAGAAGAAGAAGGAGUUAAUGGUAGAACAAGCGUAUUUGAAGUGUGACGAAUUGAUUGACUUAUAUAAUAGAGGAAAGUUGGAAACCCAACCUGGUUGUAACGAAGAACAAACUUUGGAAGCAAAGAUUGGUGGUUUAUUGUCCAAGGUUAGAGAAGAAGUCGGUGAUGUUUGUAUUAGAGAAUUGGAUCCUUUGAACGCUCCAUUGAUUAUGGCUACAUGUGGUUCUAAAGGUUCUACCUUGAACGUUUCCCAGAUGGUGGCCGUUGUUGGUCAACAAAUUAUCGCGGGUAAUCGUGUUCCUGAUGGUUUCCAAGAUAGAUCAUUGCCUCAUUUUACUAAGAAUUCGAAGACUCCUCAAUCUAAGGGUUUCGUCAGAAACUCUUUUUACAGUGGUUUGACACCUCCCGAAUUCUUGUUCCACGCUAUUUCUGGUAGAGAAGGGUUGGUUGAUACUGCUGUCAAGACUGCUGAAACCGGUUAUAUGUCUAGAAGAUUGAUGAAAUCUUUAGAAGAUUUAUCCUCCCAAUAUGACAACAGUGUUCGUAAUUCUUCGAACGGUGUGGUUCAAUUUACCUAUGGUGGUGAUGGGUUGGAUCCAUUUGAUAUGGAGGGUGAUGCCAAACCCGUGAACUUUGUUCGUCAAUGGGACCACUCCUUCAACAUUACCUUCGAUGUCAAUGAAAUUGGAUUGUUACCUUACGAAAUUGUUGAUUUGGUCGAUUCAAUUUUGCACCCAUUGGAAGAUGCAUUGACUAGAUACGACAAUCUAGGAAACGUUUUGAAGCCGGAGGAUUUUGACAAGAUUGAAUACAUUGAUCAAAAUGAUGCGGAAAGAGAAUUCUACGAAUCCAUUAGACAAUUCGUCACCAAGAAGGCUGAAAAUUUAGCAAGAUACAGAGAGUCCAAGGGCUUGAAACCUUCGUUUGUUCAUCCUACAGAAGACGACAUCUUGGUUGAAGAUGAUCCAAUCCGCUUAAAUGCAGUCAAUCAACUCUUGAAGAUGUCCCACAAGUCCAUUGAAAAGUUCUUGGAACAAUGUCUUUACAAGUACAGAAGGGCCAAGGUGGAACCAGGUACCGCUGUUGGUGCUAUUGGUGCGCAAUCUAUUGGUGAACCAGGUACUCAGAUGACGUUGAAGACUUUCCAUUUUGCUGGUGUCGCCUCUAUGAACGUCACUUUAGGUGUUCCUCGUAUUAAAGAAAUUAUCAAUGCGUCCAAGGUCAUUUCGACUCCGAUCAUCAACUCUGUCUUAGUCAACGACGAUGACGAAAUUGCUGCUCGUGUGGUUAAGGGUAGAAUUGAGAAGACAUUAUUAGAAGAUGUUGCCUACUUCAUUGAAGAUGUCUACAAGAAUAACAUGGCCUACUUGUCCAUUAAGAUCGAUUUGGAGACUAUCGAAAAAUUGCAGUUGGAGCUUACUUUGGAUGGUAUCGCACAAGCUAUUUUCUCGGCUCCAAAGUUGAAGAUUUUGCCCGGAGAUGUUUCCAUUAGCGGAAAGGAUAGAAUCAACGUGCUAGUGACUUUGCGUGAAACCAAGACUGAGAGCUUGAAAAAUCCAACUGACAAUACCAAUACUCUUUUCUUCAGAAUGCAACAGCUUAAGAGAGCAUUGCCAUCAAUUUGCAUCAAGGGUUUGCCCAAUAUUUUCAGAGCAGUUAUCAACAUUCGUGACGAUAGCAAGAAGGAAUUAUUAGUUGAAGGUUACGGUUUGAAGGAAGUCAUGAGUACGGACGGUAUUGUGGGUACCAAGACCACAACUAACCAUGUGCUUGAGGUGUUCGAAGUUUUGGGUAUCGAAGCAGCCAGAUCGUCCAUCAUCAAGGAAAUCGACUACACCAUGAGUAAUCACGGUAUGAGUGUUGAUCCUCGUCACAUUCAGUUGUUGGGAGAUGUUAUGACAUACAAGGGAGAAGUUUUGGGUAUUACCAGAUUCGGGUUAAGUAAGAUGAGAGAUUCCGUUUUGCAAUUGGCCUCUUUCGAAAAGACUACCGACCACUUGUUCGAUGCCGCCUUUUUCAUGAAGAACGACAAAAUUGAAGGUGUAUCCGAGUGUAUCAUUUUGGGACAAACCAUGAGUAUUGGUACUGGUGCAUUUAAAUUGGUCAAAUCGUCCAAUUAUGACAAGAAGGUGUUGAAACGUAAGCCAACCUUGUUCGAGGGCUUAUGUGAGCAGCCAUCCAUGGUGGCUGCAGCAUAG